AUGGAGCUCCAACUCACAUCAGCUAGAUUCCUCACCUCCCCUAUCGUCGAGAUCGAAGUUGGCGAAGGCGAUGACAAGACCACCUUAACGGCGCAUCAGACACUCCUUCGCGAGUCGCCUUUCCUAGAAGAAUUGGUGAACCAAUUCGAAGACUCCGGCCCUCGCCGCAUCGAACUCCCCGCCGAGAACGUGCAAGCCUUCGGCUGCUUCCUCCAAUUCCAAUACACGCGCGACUACACUCUUCCCUCCGAGACCAACGGAUCCACCGAGGUAGCUACGGCAGACAGCAGUGGCGAGGAGCUCUUGCAACACGCGCGCGUCUACACCCUCGCCGAGAAGCUCGAGCUGCCGAUCCUGAAGACCCUCGCCCACAAAAAGAUCCAUCGCGUGAACAGUACGCCCGGCGGGGAACUCGCCUACGCCCGCUACGUGUAUACGCAUACCCUUCCGGACGAUAUGACUAUCCGCAAGCCUAUUGCCGCCUACUGGGCGGAUCAGGGCCAUGUCCUCAGGCACGACUUGAAGGAGGAAUUUAAGCAGCUUUGUCUGGAUCUUCCGGAGUUCGCCUACGACGUGCUUACCUUGCUGUUCGAUAAGCAGGAGAAGGGGGCAAAGAAGACUAAUCCCGAGAUCGAGUCGGUGAUGCGGGGCAGUGGCCGGAAGCGCCGCCGGGAUAUCUAG